UCCUGAGCUGCCGGUUUUACUCCCUGCUGCAGCGGCACUGGGUGUUAGUGCUCCUGCAAGGCCGGGAGGAGGGCGGGUGGAAGGCUCAUCCCAGGGGCCAUCGCCAUCCUGAGCCUCAUGGUCGUUUAAUACUUCACCCAUUAACUUAGACUAAUAAACCUUGUGGGAGCGAGAGGCUAAAAGCCGUGCCAGCCGGGCAGUGCCUCCUUCACGAGCACCGCUCCUGCAGCCCCGCCAUGGCUGCCGGCUUCUUCAUCAGCAAGAGUGUGGGCAUCGUGGCCAUUGUGCUGGGCCUGGGGGCCGUGGCCACCAUCAUCGCGCUCUCAGUGGUGUAUGCCCAGGAGAAGAACAAGCCAACAGAUCCUGGCAUUGCCGACACCACCACCACCACGGCUGCCCCCCCCUCCACUGCUGCCCCCAACACCACCGCUGCCCCCAACACCACCGCUGCUCCCAACAAGCCCUGGAACCGGUGGAGGCUGCCGACGACGCUGAGGCCGGAGUCCUACGAGGUGACCCUGCAGCCCUUCCUGACGCCCGAUGCCAACAACACGUACAUCUUCAAGGGCAACAGCAGCGUGGUCUUCGUCUGCAUGGAAGCCACUGACCUCAUCCUCAUACACAGCAAGAAGCUGAAGUACACCCUGCAGGGGCCCUUCCACACCUCACUGCAUGCGGUGGAUGGCUCCAGCGUGCCCCACAUCAGUAACACCUGGCUGGAGACCCCCACCCAGUACCUGGUGGUGCAGUUGAAUGGCCUGCUGCAGCAGGGCCAGCGCUACCGGCUUGUCAGCAUCUUCACAGGGGAGCUGGCUGACGACUUGGCCGGCUUCUACCGCAGUGAAUACGUGGAUGAGUCGGGCAACAAGUAGGUGGAGGGCAGGGGGCCAAGGUGGGGGCGCAGGGCUGGCCUGGGGGUGGUGGAGGGCACGGGCCAGGUUUGGGGCUCCUCUCUCACUGGGACAGCGGGAUGAGGCUGCGGGGUAACCUCCCUCCCUCUGCUCCCUGCAGGCACCUGGCAGCAGCAGAUCGACGGGAAGAGCUGGAACGUCACCGAGUUCCAGACCACCCCCAAAAUGUCCACCUACCUGCUGGCCUUCAUCGUCAGCCAGUUCAGCUACGUGCAUAACACCUCGGGGAACGUGCUGAUCCGCAUCUGGGGCCGCCCCAAGGCCAUUGCCGAGGGCCAGGGCAACUAUGCGCUCAAGGUGACUGGCCCCAUCCUCAACUUCUUUGAGAGGCACUACAACACGGCGUACCCGCUGCCCAAGUCUGACCAGGUCGGCCUCCCCGACUUCAACGCGGGCGCAAUGGAGAACUGGGGGCUGGUGACCUACCGGGAGAACUCAUUGCUCUUUGACAAUGUCUACUCCUCCAUCGGCAAUAAGGAGCGGGUGGUGACUGUCAUCGCCCACGAGUUGGCCCAUCAGUGGUUUGGGAACCUGGUGACACUGCGGUGGUGGAACGACCUGUGGCUAAACGAGGGCUUCGCCUCCUACGUGGAGUACCUGGGUGCCGACUCAGCAGAGCCCUCCUGGAACAUUAAAGACCUGAUGGUGCUGAACGAAGUGUACAAGGUGAUGGCGACGGAUGCCCUGACCACCUCCCACCCGCUUUCCUUCCGCGAAGAUGAGAUCAACACCCCGGCCCAGAUCAGCGAGGUCUUUGACAGCAUCUCCUACAGCAAGGGAGCGUCGGUGCUGCGGAUGCUCUCCGACUUCCUCACUGAGGACGUGUUCAAGAAGGGGCUGCAGUCCUACCUCCACACCUUCGCCUAUGGAAGCACCACCUACACGGACCUCUGGUCUCAUUUGCAAAAGGCUGUCAUGGAGAACAAUGUCUCACUGCCCAACUCCAUCAGCAAGAUCAUGGACCGCUGGACGCUGCAGAUGGGCUUCCCCGUGGUGACCGUCAACACCCUCACCGGCACCGUCAGACAGAACCACUUCCUGCUGGACCCCACCUCCGUGGUGAAGAGACCCUCUGCCUUCAACUAUACCUGGAUCGUCCCCAUCACCUGGAAGAAGCAUGAGACCACUGGGGGCAGGUACUGGCUGACCAAACGCUCAGCAAUCAACAACCAGUUCAAGGUCAGCAGCGCCAGCUGGCUCCUGCUGAACCUGAAUGUCAGCGGGUACUUCCGUGUCAACUACAACCCAGAGAACUGGGACCAGCUCCUCAGACAGCUCUCCACCAACCACCAGGCCAUCCCCGUGAUCAACCGUGCCCAGAUCAUUGAUGACGCCUUUAACCUGGCCAGGGCCAAGUACGUCAGUGUGACCUUGGCCUUGAACACCACACGGUUUCUGAGCCGGGAGACAGCGUACAUGCCCUGGGAGGCGGCACUCAACAAUCUCCAUUACUUCCAGCUGAUGUUUGACCGCAGUGAGGUCUUCGGGGUGAUGACGAAAUACAUGCAGAAACAGGUGAUGCCCCUCUUCAACCACUACAAGAACAUCACCAAUGGCUGGAUCAACAUCCCCAGUGGCCUGAUGGACCAGUACAACGAGAUCAAUGCCAUCAGCACAGCCUGCUCCUACGGCAUCACCGAGUGCCAGAACCUGUCCACUGAGUACUUCCGCAAGUGGCAGCAAAAUGUCAUCAAGAACCCGAUCCCCCCGAACCUGCGCUCCUCCAUCUACUGCAGCAUAGUGGCCACGGGCGGGGAGGAGGCCUGGAACUUCAUCUGGGAGAGGUUCAAAGAGGCCACCGUCGUGUCCGAGGCUGACAAGCUCCGCACAGCCCUCUCCUGCAGCCCCCAACCCUGGAUCCUCAGUCGGUACCUGCAGUACACCCUCGAUCCCAACAAGAUCCGGAAGCAGGACGCCACCGCCACCAUCAACAGCAUCGCCAGCAACGUGGUGGGGCAGCCCCUGGCCUGGGACUUCAUCCGCGGCAAAUGGAGGAUGCUCUUCAGCCAGUACGGGGGUGGCUCCUUCUCCUUCUCCCGGCUGAUUUUAUCAGUGACCCAGCGGUUUUCCACGGAGUUUGAGCUGCAGCAGCUGGAGCAGUUCAAGGCGGACAACCAGGACAUCGGCUUCGGGUCAGGGACACGGGCGCUGGAGCAGGCCCUGGAGAGAACCCGCGCCAACAUCAAGUGGGUGAAGGAGAACCAGGAGACGGUGCUGGCCUGGUUCCAGGGCGAAACCGCCUCCAUCUAACUGCAUGGCCCCGGCCGCUGUGCACCCUCUUCCCAGCCCGGCUGCAGGGCUGGCUGGCACAGGAUGGGCUGCGGGGGCCGAGCCUGAAGCUCCCAGACCCCACCACCCCGUGGCUCGGCUAGACCCUCACCCACUCCCCAGCUCUGCUCACUCCAUCCUCUCUGGCCCCCACCCUCAAAUGCUCCCUCCCGGUGGCCCCAUACCCCUCCCGGGCCAGCCUGGCCGGGUCCUUCACUGCUCCUGAGGGGCAGG